GCCUAUUGUCAGUUUAAGUUAUUUAUUAUGAACUAUAACUGUUGUUUAAAGUGGGAAAGUUACUGUCGUAUAUAUUCGUCUGUUACAUUUCUUACAUAGAACAAAUUAUUUUCUAAACAGCUCGAAGCCGCAGACGACAUGUGGACAUUUUUUUCCAGAACAUCGGAUGAAAAUGAAGGUUUUCUUUUAUUUGCUCACUGUGUGUUUUUUACUCGAUGAUGGUGUGUUUGGUGUUGAUGAAAUGAAGACGUCAGUGUCAGUGAUGGAGGGAGAUUCUCCUACUUUACGCACUGCUGUUACUGGAUUACAAAAUGACAAAUCCAGUUCAGUUAAAUGGUAUUUUAAUCUCAAUCUCAUAGCUCAAAUCUGUGGAGAUCUCAGUAAGUUCUGUACAGAUGUGAAGUUUGAGACUGGUCAGGAGAGAUUCAGAGACAGACUGAAGCCGAACAAUCAGACUGGAUCUCUCACCAUCAAGAACAUCAGUAUUACAGACUCUGGAGAUUAUCUACUGUGGACCUUCAUCAACAACACCAAUGCUAGAAAGGCAUUCACUGUCACCGUCCAACCUGGUGUGUCUGGUGCUGAAAUGAAGAUAAAGUCGAUGAUUGAAGGAGCUUCUGUCACUCUACACACUGAUGAUACUGUAAAACAGGGAGAUGUUGUGAUGACGUGGUAUUUCAAUGACACUCGUAUAGCUGAAAUGAAUGAAGAUCCCAGUAAGAGCUGUACAGAUGUGACGUGUGAUGAAGGUGCUGAGAGAUUCAGAGACAGACUGAAGAUUGACCAUCAGACUGGAGAUCUCACUAUCACAAACACCACAACUACAGACUCUGGACUUUAUCAACUAGAGAUCAGCAGCAGUAUCAGCAGCAGCUGCAGCGUAAAGAGCUUCAGUGUUAAUGUCAGCGUAUCAGAUAAACAAACUUCAGAUCCAGGUCUGUCUUCUGGUGAUAUAGCAGGAAUAUGUGUUGGUGUUGUUCUGGUUGUCGCUGUAACUGCUGGUGUGAUUUAUUAUCGCUGCAUCGAGAUGCAGCACAAUGUUCAGGAGGAUGAUAGAUUUCGACAACUACAGACUCGAGCUAGGCGCCAGCAGCAACAGGAACAGGAAGUGACGUGUGAGGACGCACAAAGAAGAGAACUAACGAAAAGAAAUAGAGAGCGACAUCUAGUGACCGGUGCGCUUUCACUUUCAUCAUGUGAAAAUCACGUAUAUCAACUGAGCUCGAAGCCGCAGACGACAUGUGGACAUUUUUUUCCAGAACAUCGGAUGAAAAUGAAGGUCCUCUUUUAUUUGCUCACUGUGUGUUUUUUACUCGAUGAUGGAAUAAUGAUUGAGCAUUUGAAGCAGCAUGGGACUUCACACUGCUCCAGUGAUGUAUUGAAGAUCUGUGUGAAGAUGGGGGCCAGCUGGUUAGCACAGGAUCGAAGACACGCUGGUGUGUUUGGUGUUGAUGAAAUGAAGACGUCAGUGUCAGUGAUGGAGGGAGAUUCUCCUACUUUACACACUGCUGUUACUGGAAUACAAAAUGACAAAUCAGAUUUUAUUAAAUGGUAUUUUAAUGGCAUCCGCAUAGCUCAAAUCAAUGGAGAUCUCAGUAAGUUCUGUACAGCUGUGAAGUGUGAGACUGGUCAGGAGAGAUUCAGAGACAGACUGAAGCUGAACAAUCAGACUGGAUCUCUCACCAUCAAGAACAUCAGUAUUACAGACUCUGGAGAUUAUAAUCUACUGACCUUCAUCAACAACACCAUUAAUGAGAAGACAUUCACUGUCACCGUCCAACCUGGUGUGUCUGGUGCUGAAAUGAAGAUAAAGUCGAUGAUUGAAGGAGAUUCUGUCACUCUACACACUAAUGAUACUGUAAAACAGGGAGAUGUUGUGAUGACGUGGUAUUUCAAUGACACUCGUAUAGCUGAAAUGAAUGAAGAUCCCAGUAAGAGCUGUACAGAUGUGACGUGUGAUGAAGGUGCUGAGAGAUUCAGAGACAGACUGAAGAUUGACCAUCAGACUGGAGAUCUCACUAUCACAAACACCACAACUACAGACUCUGGACUUUAUCAACUAGAGAUCAGCAGCAGUAUCAGCAGCAGCUGCAGCGUAAAGAGCUUCAGUGUUAAUGUCAGCGCAUCAGACUUAAAAACUCCAGAUCCAGGUCUGUCUUCUGGUGAUAUAGCAGGAAUAUGUGUUGGUGUUGUUCUGGUUGUCGUUGUAACUGCUGGUGUGAUUUAUUAUCGCUGUAAGAUCUCAAGACGAGGACAAAAUGGCAUCGAGAUGCAGCACAAUGUUCAGGAGGAUGGUGGAGAGAACAAGAUUCCUUUGAUGAAUAUUUCAGGACAGGAGAGAGGACAGGAAAAGAGAGAGCGGAUACAACUGAAUGACUCGACAACAGUUUGGUCAUCUGAUGCAUCAUGAAGUGUCAUUAAUUAAUCGUGUGUUAUAUAAGUGGAGUGUGUGUAAGAAGGGGACAUGAUGUGGUAUUUAUAAAUAUACUGUAGGUAUCGAUCGGGAAUUCCUGCUUCUGUUCCGGUAUAACGUUGCUCUGAUGGAGGAUCAGUUUCCUCACCUCAAAUCCAAACCUCACUUACUAUUAUGAAAGUGAAAGCUGACUCGAGAUCAGUGCAGCUGAAUUUAUCUUCAAUAUGAGCCGGCACUGAGAUGACUGAUGAUCAUAAACUCAUCAGACUCAUCCCUUAAACUUGUGAAGAAGACUUUCUACUCUAGAUUUUAUCUUAACUUCCAAAUAUUCUCUUCUGCGCUGUGUUUGUCGGUGGGAACCGUAUAUGAUUAUGGCGUUUUGUUCAUUUAGACGAACACAUUUGGGGUCAUUAUAUGAAGCUGUGUCACUUUGUGAAUGUUUUAUCAUUAAUAGGAAGAAUGUAACAAUGUUUUACCAUCAUCAAGCAAAAAACACACAGUGAGCGAAUAAAAGAAGAACUUCAUUUUCAUCCGAUGUUCUGAACAAAUGAAAAUAAAAGUCAUCUGAUUAAUCAAAAUGGUGAGUGACCAGACAUGAAACCCGGAUCUGAAAACUGAGCGCUUUGGACACACUGAUCUUUUAUUUUUUUAAUAACAGUCAUAUUAUAAUCAAUAAACAACACAAUAAUCACUUGCAUAUCAAAAUAUAACAAUUUGUUGAACAAAUAUAUAACGAAAAAAUUAAUAAAUAAAAACUGGUAUGAGAUCAUCAUACAAAUAACUUAAUCUUCACAUAGAUAUCUAGUGCGUUUUACUUUACUAUUUUUCAAACUAAGCAGUAACUCAAUAUAAUGUUUCAUUUCUACCUUAAUAAAAAGUUGGGUUUUCCUUUAGCCCAUUGUUGUUUAUGCAUAAAAUAUUUCCCCAUAAUCGGACAAAGAUUGACAAUAAAAGGCCACAUUUGGUAGUAAUCUAUCAAAAUAAAAAAAAAUACAUAUUUUUCAGAAAGAUUAACUUUCAUACCUAAAGAUUUACAGAGAAGGCCUUCCAAAUCGACCCGAAAUAUUCUGCUAUAAAUGCAGUGGACAACAUUCUCUUUCUCCAACCCACAAAAAUCACAUUUGGUAUCUAAAUCAGUACAAAAUCUUCAGAAAAGUGCUUUAACAGGAUACACCAGAUGAAAUAUUUUAAAUGUACUUCUCUCGCCUUAUUAUACAAUAUUGUUUAGGCAACAACCAUGCGUAUUUCCACUCAGUGCACUCAAAUCUCGAUGACCAAAAUGUUUUAGAAGAUAUGGGGCUAUAUUCUGUUAGUAAAUUCUUAAUAAAGUAAUUAUUCCAUCUCCUAUCUGUAAUAUUAACUCCAUUAAUUGCAACAUCAGGUCUAAGACAACCCAGAGUCUCCUUAUUCACAUUACCUCUAAUGGCCUAUUUGUU